AUGAACUUUGUUUCAGUUCAACCUCAGGUGGAGACAGAACAGGUGGAGAUACAACAGGUGGAGAUAGGACAGGUGGAGACAGGGAAGGUGGAGACAGGGAAGGUGGAGAUAGGACAGGUGGAGACACAACAGUUGGAGAUAGGAGAUAGGACAGGUGGAGACACAACAGUGGAGACAGGACAAGUGAAACCAGAACAGGAGCAACCAGAACAGGUGGAGACAGAACAGUUGGAGAUAGGACAGGUGGAGACACAACAGGUGGAGAUAGGACAGGUGGAGACAGGGAAGGUGAAGAUAGGACAGGUGGAGACACAACAGUUGGAGAUAGGACAGGUGCAGACAGGAAAGGUGGAGAUAGGACAGGUGGAACCAGAACGGGUGGAACCAGAACAGGUGGAGACAGGACAGGUGAAACCAGAACAGGAGCAACCAGAACAGGUGGAGACAGGACAGGUGGAGACAAAACAGGUGGAGACAGAUGAGGCAGGAGAGGGGACGUCACUAAACCGGAAACAGGAGAAGAAGUGGUUAAAGUAUUUCCUGUUUGUGCCGGCGUGUUUUAGUUUGUUUGAGUUCGCCGCUGGAUUCUUCAUAGACACACAAAACUCCUCAUCUUCCUCCUCUUCCUCAUCCUCAGCAGCAGCAGACAUGUGUCCACCUGUCUUCACCUGUCUGCAGGAGAGGAGACCUUUUCUGGCGUCAGAGUGCAGUGAACUUCCUAAAGCUGAAAAAUGGAGACGACAGAUCAUCAGUGAGAUUUCAAAGAAAGUCGCUCAGAUCCAGAACGCUGGUCUCGGGGAGUUUAAGAUUCGGGAUCUAAAUGAUGAGAUCAACAAGCUGCUGAGAGAAAAAGGACACUGGGAGGUCCGGAUCAAAGAACUGGGGGGACCAGACUACGCGCGAGUUGGACCGAAGAUGUUGGACCACGAGGGGAAGGAGGUUCCAGGAAAUCGAGGAUAUAAAUACUUUGGAGCAGCCAGAGACCUUCCUGGAGUCAGAGAGCUGUUUGAGAAGGAGCCUGCCCCAGCACAGAGGAAGACCAGGGCAGAGCUGAUGAAGGAAGUGGACGCAGAGUAUUACGGCUACAGGGAUGAAGACGACGGAGUGCUGCUUCCUCUGGAGGCGCAGUAUGAGAAACAAGCUGUGUUGGAGGCGGUGCAGAGGUGGAGAACAGAGAAAGAGUCUCGACUGUCAGGAGACAAACAGGAGGAAGAGGAGGAGGAAGAGAGCAUCUAUACUGUCCACAAUGAAGAGGCUGAUGAUGAGGAGAGCCGGGAGGAGCAGGAAGGAGAGGAGGGCGGAGUCACCUUCAUCGCACACGUACCUGUCCCCUCACAGAAAGAGGUGGAGGAGGCUCUGGUCAGGAGGAAGAAGAUGGAGUUGUUGCAGCGUUACGCCAGCGAAGCUCUUCAGGCUCAGAGUCAGACGGCCAAGACUCUGCUGGGACUGUGACCUGUCUGUCUGUCUGUCUGUCUGUCUGUUGAUGUAAAUAUGGGCUCAUUUUUUUGGUACUCAUCCUGUUUGUUAAUAAAGGCCUCUUCUGAUUGGUCA